GCUACAGCGCAAUUUGGCAUAUGGGAUGGCUCAUCUUCAUUUUUUUUGAUAAUAAUUUUACGACCCGGAUAGGCUGCCUCUACAAUAUAAUAUUUACCUUCGUCUCUUUCGUGCCAUUCAAUAAUAACAAUGAAAAUUCAAAGUUUCAUUCACACGUGGCAUGAUAAGAAGAAAAACAUGAGAACUAUUCGUUGUUAGUGAACUUUCAGUUCGUAGACUUUUUAUCUUCGUUAUGUUUGUGCUAUCAAUUUCGUGAGCUCUCGCGUAUGCGUGCACCAUGCGCAGGAUAUUCUUCGUCUUUACAUUCACUUGUUGCAUUGGAUUUUCGGAGCUCCAACACCAUGAUUGCGAUCUCGUGUAUAAUUCAGGGUGUUACCCCAAUUAUAAUGGCAUUGCUGGAGUAGAGAACCAAACUUUAAACAAACACGAAUUUUGCUCCGUUGAAAAUCUCAAAGAUGACGUAAAGUAUACGUUGAAACUACCUAGGCAGAGUUUAAGGUCUACAGGAUUACUGGAAGUGAAAUUCAGUCUGCCGAGCACUAAAUGCAACUAUGAAGUUGCAUUGCUCGUCAAUUCUUCAAUAACAAAUGACAAGGAUUGCAAGAAUCAUGAAUUUCACAAAAGCAAUGCAUACGAUGAGCUGGAAGUACAUUCGGAGGAAAAAACCAUUUGUGUUUCAUCACUUUCCAAUGGAACUAAUGAACAUAAUUGCUUGGAAAACCAAUUUUCGAUGUGGUAUCGUCACGUUUUUACGGGAUGUUAUGCACUGCGCUUUACCGUCGAUGGCUACAACUACGCGAUUUUGGGUAGACAGUUCAUCCUGACGAAUUAUAAUCGCAAAGAAGUAGCAGAGCCUAAAUUUCGGUGUCAUUAUGAUGAUGGAGAUCUGAGUAAGCAGGAACUGGUGACUUUCGCCGUGAGCAUUUCAGUACAUGCUGGCACAGCAGGCAUGAUUUUAACACUGACCCCAAUGUCGUAUCAGGAAGAUGCUAAAGACAAUGCUUGUGUUCAGUACGGCGAAGAUCCUCUCUAUACGUGGCAAAUUGGCACGGACGAAUCAGCGAUUCCAAGCGAUAUUGGAAAAAAUUGUAGGGUGACAACGGUCCACUUGGACAACGAAACGUCCACGCGUGACACCGAGUGCAAGUUCGAUCUCCGACUCUCUCGUAAAUUGAGUUACUGCUUAGAGAUUGAAAUCGAGGACGAUCGGUGCAGUAGACAAACGUUGUGGGAUCCGCCUCCCGAUGGACGUGGUGGAAAACCGGCAUGCACGUGGCUCCAAAGAUGCACACGAAUUUUGAAAGACGCGUUCAUCGUCGAGCACAACGGCUUAUUACCCGGCAGUAACGGAACGGAUUCAGUGAACGAUGAAAAUACUUUACUCGUUCCAAUUUCUCUCACCGUUGUUAUCGUAAUGCUCGCCCUCACAACCACAAUACUCUACGUUUGUCACACGUAUUUGAAAAAUUCUACCAAACCGACUUAUGUCAAUGCGAACCUCAAAUUAUUCCAAGCUGAACGUAACAAUUGUGAUCUGGAAAGCGUUGAAACGACCGACGAAGAAAUCUUGCAAAAAUCUACUGAUAUGAGUGAAAAAGAGGAUAAAAAUGAACCGAUCGUUUUGCUCUACGCUCGAGGCACCAAUUCGUUUAUGAAUCUCAUGAAGGAGUUACGACAAAUUCUGGAAACUCAUUGCGGCUGCCGUGUUCGAGAUUGGUACGACGCGAACGAAUGGGAUGAAGUCGCCAGAAUCGGUCCAUCCGCUUGGGUAGCCGAAUUAUUGGAAGGAAAGUAUCGGGCUUUGUGGAUCGAUACGAAGAGAGCGCGGAGAAUCCUGGAUGCGCAAUGGCGGAAUAAUUAUUUAGGAAAUUCGAUCAUUCUAAAGAGUGAUCAAACGGACGAAGCUGUAAGCGAUUUCCGGGACGCCGCUUUACCGACUGUCCUCGAUAAAGCCAAGAGAAACGUCACUACGCUAGAGUAUAACAAACAUUUUGUCGUGCGAUUGGAGAGCCUUGAUAACGGUACCAGCAGACAGCAGGAUCCUUUCGAAGAUUUAUCACCUCACACACGUUACCUCAUAACCCAUAAUCUUAAAGAUCUGUGUUUUCAUCUAACCUCUUCGUCGACCAUAAGAUUUCAGGAGCGGUUAUUGGACGCUGAACAAUUGAGGGUGCGAGAACUUGUCAAAAAAAUGGAAAGAAGUCUGGAGAUUAUCGAAACACUACACUAGCCAUUUCCGAGUUCAGUAAACCGAGUUUUCAUAUUUUCAUGAUCGAUUUCAUUCAGUUAGGUAUUAUAGGUCAAAAUGUUUUUUCACUCGCAAUAUUUUGGCUUAGCGCGAGCGAAAAAGAUCAUUGAGUCUCAAAAUCUAAUGCUACUAGAAAUUCCUCGAUUUAAGUUAAAUAAAUGAAAUUUUUAACGAUCCAUUUAUUA